AUGCCAUCCGUUGCCGAGGAGCAUCCCCGGCUGAUGGCGCCCGGCAGGAAACGCAGACGGGAUGUCAACGACUCCAGCAACGACCUGCAGCUACAAGGUUCUCUGUACGAGAAACUCGCCCAAUACCACUCGGCCGCGGCCGCCGCGACGAACAACUGGAACGCUGACGGCGUGUUUGGAAGCAGGCCCGUUCAGCAACAGAUCCAGCAGCAGCAGCAGCAGCAGCAACAGCAACAACAAAACUUCUUCCCUCUCUUCCCCGGCAGUAGCAAUGACCGAAUGAUAUUCCAAUACGGCUUGCCGACCAACACAAACACCGCCACAGAAGACUCCCGCCAGAACCUGGACCCAGUGCCCCGGAAGAUAGCUCCCCUCCCUAUGCCUAAGCGACAGCGCAUGUUCGACGAGGAGGGUGCGGAUCUGGAUAGCACGGAUGGGGACCUUUCGACACAGCCCAGCAGUCCGAGACAACGACGGAAUAGCAAAUCACCGCCGGCGUCCCAAAACGACUCCCGAACAAACCAAGAACGGACGGAUGCAGCGGGCAAUAGGUCAAAGACCCCCUCAUCCCUAAGUCCCUGCCACAUCUGCCACCGCCGGCCCACCAAGAAGUCAGACCUCGACUCAUUCGCCGACUGCCAGGGUUGCGGUCUGCGUUCGUGCUUCGUGUGCAUCAGAGAGUGCCAGGGCUGGCGGAAGGACGGGCGCCCCAGUAGCAGUGGCGACACCGACCUGAAUCAAGCGGAGCAAGAGCCGAAGCAAGGGGGCACUGACCUCUCACGCUCAUGCCAGAUGGACGACGUCGAUGACGACCGGCAACGACAGUCGAGGGAGGGCGAAGAGUCGAAGCAGAAUGUACAGUCAGCGAGAGAGGACGGCUGGACAGGCGGCGGACACAGACAGAUGGUUUGCAGCCGCUGCUGCAUCGAGAAGGGUGCCGAGGGCGACGUCGUCUGUCUGGGUUGCCUGUCACGCAUGGAAUCCGUCUAA